AUGAGUCUGCGAUUCAGCCACCGUCCUGCGGCGACGCAGCCUAUUGUACUCAAUGAACAAGCCAUUGUUGACAACCUUACUGAAGAUAACAUGAAAAUGACGUGGGCUAGCAGAAGGACAUGGGAGGACGAACAUCUCUACUUAGUCCAUGGUCAGGGUACUGCUGCAGGCAACACUCCCCCGUGCACGUUGGCCGUCAAGAAGUUCCAGAGCAUUAACCAAGCGCUGCAAGUAGACAACAAUGCCAAGUACCGCUACAAUUCGGAGAUGUUCCUGUUAGCUAGCAAUUCUCAUGAUAACAUCAUCAAAGUCGUAGGCCUCAUCCAGAGGGAAGACACAAUCAUGCUCGUUUACGAGUAUCCGGUGAACGGCAGCCUUCAGUCCUGGCUGAGCCAACCAAUGGAUGCUGGUCAGCCACUGAGCUGGCCGCAGAGGAGGUUCAUUGCCAUUGGUGUGGCCAACGGGCUCUGCCACUUGCACCACAGAUGCAAAAGGCCGAUUAUCCACCAGAACAUCAACUCCAACAACAUCUUGCUUGAUCACAAUUUCAAGCCUGUGAUAGCCGGUUUUGACGCUGCACAGAUGAACAUGGCCGGGCUCGACCAACCGUUGCCAAUUGCGGGCCUGCCUCUUGGUAACUUUGGGUACGCAGCUCCAGAAUAUGGGGUCGCAGCAAGCGAGCUGACGGAGAAGGUCGACACAUACAGCUUUGGGGUGCUCAUGCUGGAGCUCGUCACGGGGCGAAUGGCCAAUGAAGCUGGAGCGGAUGGUCAUUUGGCGACUUGGGCGCGGAAGAACUUCACUGAGCUGAUGGCAAACCAACAGGAAAUGUUCCAGAGUGUCGUGGACGCGGACAUCCCAGAUCAAGCGCGGUACAUGAAGGAGAUGGCAACUGUGUUUAGGCUGGGUGUUGAUUUCACCGUUGUUGAUCCACAGAAAAGGCCGUCCAUGCGAAUGGCUCUCAAACGACUCUGCCGCGGCUGUGGGCGUGGCCCAUUCCGUGGCCUCCUCGCCUGCUAUCUGAUGUGA